UUCGGGUCUGAAACAAACUCUUGCCGGUCUCAACUUAAAGCUGAUUUUACUUUUUUGUCUUCUCGUUAUCGAAACAUUUAAUGACUACAAGUUUGUCUAUUUACAUGCAGUUGUAUACCAAUGAUAAAACGAUCACUGAAUGUGCAAAAUCCCAGCGUCGCUUUUGUUUUGAUGAGAUAAAUGUGAAAAUAAUUUGAACUCUUUACAAGCGGCGCAAAGGAUGAACCUGUGACUUUUGUUACAAUUGAAGUGACUUUUUUUCCUGUGGUAACAUGUUGCUUCCAACAAAACAUUGAAGUAAAAGCAUUAAACUUGAAGUGUAUUUUAAUUCUUGAAUAUUUGAAUUUCUAAAGUCAGUGAGAUUCCCUGAAGAAAUACAUUUCUGCUUACAUUUUGCUUCUUUUUGUUUCCUCUUCUUCAAAUCUCAUGUUCAAUUUACUUUUGAAAAGUAAAUCACAAUAUUGAGAUUUAUAUAAAAUAGUAACUGACAAGUUCAAAAUACUGGUUGACAUUCAAUUUAAGGGCUUUUCCAUCAAAGGUUUUUAUUAGUAAAUCUUGAUAUAUCUUGGUUAAAGUUGGUUAAAAAAUCAGCUGGCAGCUAAAAUAACCAACUUUAACCAUUUCCAUCAAAACUUUUAACCAACAUGUGAGACAUGCGCAUAUUGGUGCAUCUAAACACGUUGUAUUUGUUUGAUUCACCAAAUGAAAAGUUAGUUGAUUAGUUUUUGUAAGAAUUUUCAAGUUUAGAUUUUUCAUUUAAAAUUUUGUGAUGCCUAAUGGUCAAGCUGAUCAACAAGUAAUGAGUGAGCCAUCGGAUAUAAAUCUAACUACGCAAGAAAAAGGUUUACCAAAGAAACGUGGUCGACCGAAGGGUUACAAACCAGCUUUUACAUGGACAUUGGAGAAAAGCAUUCAAUUGUUGAGUAAAAGAAAAGAAAUGGAUUGCGAAUUCAUUGGCGCCUACGCUAAAAGCGAUGUAUGGAUUAAACUCAUUAACUCUCUCGGUUGGAAUGUUGGAUGGAAGACUGUCAGAGACAAAUUCAUGAAUCUAAAGAAACUUUAUAAUAAGAAGCCAGCAACAGGCGUAGCAGGCAGUUAUAGAGACUCUGUAGCAAGCCAGGAACUUUUUGAGCUUAUCAGUUAUUUUUGUGAUGGUAGCCACAAGAAUAAUCCACCAAAAGUGAUAGAUUCGUGUUUAACCUCAAGUACAGAGCAAGAGACCAAUCAAAAUGAAAGUCAAUUUAUUCCUAGUGCCAUGGAUGAUUUACAGUUUGAGGAAAUUCCUGAAAAUCAAUCAGAUAAUUUGCAUUCAUCAGAACCAUUGGAUGAUGACUUUAAUUUCAGUGAUUUGAAUGCAAAUCUGUCAAACUCAGAAUCGCAACUGAAUUCAAUGACCCAAACAGGCUCGCAAUCAUCAUCCAAUUUUUCAUUCAACACACAAGCAUCAACAUCAUCAUCCUCCUCAAGACGCAGUCGAUCACCAACGAUAGACGACGAAGAAACGAAUCGCCCUUCUAAAAAAGUAAGAAGAUACACUUCUUAUCGAGAUAUAUUCCUUGGUAACGCAAAAGUGCUGAAUAAAAUAGCUCAAGAUUUCACAAGAUUCACUAAUGCAGCAUGUCCUCUAUAUGAAAGUUGGAAAAAUGCUGCUGAUCAAGAAAAUCUACGAAGGAACGUAAAUACUGAACAACAAAACCAAGAACCAGAUCCAUGAUUCUCAUAUAUUUUGUCAAUACACACUCGGAUUUGAGAGUAUAUUAACAAAUUUGUUUCGUUAUUAGAUUGACUAUAUUAUUCUGUUUUUGUUUAUCUAUUCGUACUUUGUGUAUCUACAGAGAAACGAUUUUUGUUGACGAUAAUCUAUAAUUUUUUGAGUAUAUUUGGUUUAAAUUGUGAAAAUA